CUCAACCCUUUACCUCACUACUCCCCCUUAUCCCCCAACUCCCCCUAUAUAUACUCCCACCCGGGCACAUCCACCACUCCACAUCCACCCCUGCCCUCCAGCGCAAUGUCUUCCGCCGCCCCCAUUGCCUGCCCCUUCCACACCAACCCCACCGCCGCCAACCGUAGCCCCCUCCCAGACAGGGCCACCAUCCUUGCCAUGAAGGAGCAGACCAACACUUUUGUCCUCGGCACCAGAAAAUCAAACCUCGCCCUCACCCAGACCGGCCACGUCGCCGAUGACCUGCGCGCGCUCCACGCUGGCGCUGGCAGUCGAUUCGGCGAGAGGCAGGCUGGCCAGACUGACGGUAUCGACGGCGAGGCAGAGGUCCCCUUCGUGCACCCCUACUCUUUCCCCAUCGAGUCCAUGACGACCGUCGGCGACCGCAACCAGACCACCCCGCUCCACCUCCUCUCCCCUUACUCUUCCACCCAACCGGCCAAGUCGCUCUGGACCGACGAGCUCGAGGCCCGCCUCACCAACGGCCACUUUGACAUGCUCGUGCACUCGCUCAAGGAUGUGCCCACCGUCCUGAAAGACGGAUGCGAGAUUGGCUGCAUGGUCAAGAGACACGACCCCCGCGACGCGCUCGUUGUCAAGGCUGGCUUGCCCUACACCAGGCUCGAGGACAUGCCUGACGGCUCUGUCAUCGGUACUGGCUCUGUCAGGCGAGUGGCCCAGCUCAAGAGGGCGUUCCCCAGGUUGGUGUUUGAGGAUAUGCGAGGCAACCUCAACACCCGAUUCAACAAGCUCGACAACCCUGAAAACCGAUUCGCUGCCCUCAUCCUCGCCAUGUCUGGUCUCCAGCGUCUCGACAUGGGCCACCGAGCCACCUCUCCCCUUUCCUCCCCCACCCUCAUGCACGCUGUCGGCCAAGGCGCGCUCGCAAUCGAGAUCCGCUCCAACGACCCCCGCGUCCGAAACUGCCUGCGUGGCCUCGGCCACUGGCAAACAGAAUGGUCAUGCGGUGCCGAGCGGGGAUGUUUGCGUGUUUUGGAGGGCGGAUGCUCUGUGCCUGUUGGUGUCGAGUCGGAGCUCGAGGAGCUGGAUGAGGAUGAGGUUGCGGCCAACCCCGAGCUGUUGGAGGGCGUCGAGGACCCGUUCAGAGAACACCAAGAUGCGCCCCUGCAUAACCAGUCUCCCAUGCUCUGGUUCUCGGGUCUCGUCGACACCGCUUCCACCCCUACACCUUCUACCCCUGCCUUUUCAGCCCACUCCCUCCCCCCUCUGCGGUCACGCCUCGCCAAGCUCACUCUCCACUCUUGCGUCACUUCGACCGAUGGCACGAAACACGUCCUCUUCACACCCCCUCCCGUGCUCGUCAGGUCUUACCAACAAGCUGAAAAGUUUGGCGAAGACUGCGCGCGACGACUGCGGGCUAUGGGUGCUGGCGAGAUCUUGGAUGAGAUCAAUAUGCUCAGAAAAGAGCGUGAGCUUAGGGAUUUGGAGAGUGCCAUUGAGAGGAGCCGGGCGGCCGAGGAGGAGAGCGAAAAGAUGGGUCUGACGCAGAACGGUACUGCCGAGGUUGUUGCCUAGACCAGUAGAUGGUGGUUGUUUUUUGGGGGGGCUGUGUAACGAUUAUUCAUUGUAAUCUAGUAGAUCUCAUUCGGGCGCAUAGUAACGCAUAGCAUAUAUAUUUUGGGCGCUGUGACGGGCCAUUCUCAUUGUCUCUGGCAUGUACAUCACAAAUGUUCACGCUACCACUCUGGAUUGUUUGUUGCGGCGAGACGAGCAAUGUAGUACUCUGCAGCGCAAGGUCACGAUCCUCACUUGAGCGGGCCCCUCUCAGCGUCAGAAAUGAGAAUUGGUGGAAGAUGUACAACAUCGAUCGUUCACGCGUUUGUAAUAUGCGUUCUGAUGAUGCAUGAGUGGACGCGGACAUCACCACGUCAA